ACACCAAGACGCAAACAACAAAAUAACACACUGCACAUUAACUAUUCCUCGCCUAAUACUGAAACAACUUAAGCAAAAUGGGUGAACGCUACAAUAUCCACAGCCAGCUGGAGCAUCUACAAAGCAAGUACAUCGGAACAGGACACGCGGAUACCACAAAGUUCGAGUGGCUAACAAAUCAACAUCGCGACUCCUUGGCCAGCUACAUGGGUCACUACGAUAUUCUCAACUACUUUGCCAUAGCGGAAAAUGAAUCGAAGGCACGAGUGCGAUUUAAUCUGAUGGAGCGAAUGCUGCAGCCAUGUGGGCCACCACCAGAAAAGCUAGAGGAUUAAGAAAAACUAUUUUAAUAAUAAAGAAAAUAAUUGAC